GCCGACUCAAGGACCAAGCAACCUGAGAUGAUGCUGUCGUCGCUGCAAUCGGCUUGGCCGGGCAACUGGAUCUCCCGUGCCUUCUUCACCUCGACCGCCACGCGACGCUCGAGUGCACGCGUCUGCUCCGUCACCACCUUCUGCCUCCUGCACUCCGCCAUCACGAUGAUGGCCGUCUCGGGCGCGCCGGUUCCUGUAAGCGAGGAUGCUGGUGCUAGACUUGCCGAGCGCCGCAUCCUCUCGGCUGAGACGGCCAAGGCGGUCGAGGAUGCCCAGGCGGUCGCCGGCACCGCCAACGCCGAGCUCCUUGACACAACAAUCAUCCUCGUCGACAAGGCGUCGGCCGCUGCCGUCGCCAACACUCAGAUGACGCUCGCCCAGGCGUCGGCUGACCUAGCCGCGACGGCGGCCGCCUUCACGCCCCUCGAUCCUUCGCCUCCUCCUCCGGCGGCGCCUCCGGCGCCGCAUCUAUACGGCCGCUCGCUCGGCGUCGCCGCCAAUCUCGCCGCCGCCAAGACGGAGGCGUCGGCGGGCGAGGCGGCGGGGCUGGCGGACGAGGCGAAUGCCGAGGCGUGGACCGCCCUCGAGGCGCAGCUCGACGCUGGCUCAGCCGCCUUCGACGCCGACGCCACGCUCGCCGGCGCCAAGAUGGACGACCUCUACGACGAGUGGUUUGUCAGCCUCCCGCCUUCCCCGCCGUCGUGGCUCUCCGAAUGGGGCCUGCCGGACCCGUUCGGCCGGCGCCGCCUCUCCACCCAAAAGACCGCCGAGGCUGCCGCGGCGGCGGACGCCGCGGCCCAGCUCGCAAACGACCACGCGUAUGACGCGAGCUGGGAGCUCAGCGCAGCAAUCAGCUCUGCCGCGCACGCCAAUGGCCAGGCCGUCUCGUCGGCGAUCGCCAGCGCCGCGGCCGACGCAAUCGACGCGUGGUCGGCCGCCGACCCCGCCCCGCCGCCUCCCCCGCCGUGGACGAUGUGGCCGCCUCCCACUCCGCCGGCGUUCGCGCGCCGCGAGCUGUCGUCCGCGACGGCGGAUGCCGCCGCGGCCAUGGAUGCCCAGAGCAGCCAGGCGUUUGAGAGGGCGGACGUGGCAAACGCGAGGCUGGGAGACGCGUGGGCGAGGUGGUUCGGAGCGAACACCGCCGCCACACUCGCAAACAUGGCCGCCACCGCCUCCGCCGCGACUGACGCGGUCGCGGCGGACUUGCUGCCGCCCUCCCCGCCCGCCCCGCCUCCGUUGCCUCCGCCGCCGCCGUCGCCACCGCCGCCGCCGCCGCCGUCUCCCCCCUUUGCUGGGGAGAGCUCCUCGUUGGGCGAGAGCUCGCCCGGCGGCUGGGGGGCGGAGCCGGCCGCGACGGCCUCGGCCGCGGCGGAGGAGGAGCUGCGCGUCGACGUGACGGACGGCCGCGCGUACACCAAGGCGGACUUCAUCUCCUUUUACGGCGGGACGGCGGAGUGGGAGAGGAGCCCCGUCUUCCGGCCGCUGCCCGCAGCGGGCGGCGCGGCAGAGGGCGGGCACGCCGUGGCCGACGCGGAGGAGGAGGAGACCACCGCUUCCUCGCUAAAGAGCCACCUGCACCACCUGUCCAAGGGAGACCUGGCCGGAGUUGUGGCGGAGGCGCAGCGGCAGCAGGAGGCGGACCCGACGGGCAGCAAGGUGGUGGACAAGUUCGACGCAAAGAUGAGCAAGUACGACCCGACGGGCGGCAUGGUGCACGACGGUGCGACGGCGUACAAGGACAUUGCGGCCGACCUCUUUGGUUAGUGCCGCGGGCGCUCGCCGCAGGCAUGCCAUGCGCCGCCGUCGCGCGUCACGGAGGCAUCGCAAGCGCGCCCAGUAGCAGGGCGGGGAACCUGUGCGCAGACACGCGGGGCAGCGGCGGCCAUUCUUCUUCUCGUUCGGGUUUGCAUGAGGCAUGCUCUGGGGUGUUUACUGUUGCUGCAUGGUACUGCCAAAAAACUUUCGAGUCACUCCUCGUCGCAAACCCUGUCGUCACCUCAACAUACUGUAUGUUCGUAAAAGCCACACUCCUGAAU